CAUCUUCCACACAAACUUCCCACUUUUUUUCCUCUCCUCUCCUUUUUCCUCAUUGCAUUUUUAUUCUUCCCUUUCUGUCUCUUAACCCUUCGAAAUGGCAAAAGUUGCAGAUAAACCCUUCUUCCCCAAGCCUUUUCUGGUCUUCUUUGUUUUGUCGAUCAUUUUUGGAUUUGGAAUAACUCUCUCCGAGGCAGGUUUUCCCAAAAUAAGACACUACAAAUGGGAGGUUGAGUACAUGUUUUGGUCCCCGGAUUGUGUUGAAAACAUUGUUAUGGGAAUCAACGGCCAGUUUCCUGGACCGACGAUUAGAGCUAACGCGGGUGAUAUGGUCGUUGUGGAGCUAACUAACAAGCUCCACACUGAAGGUGUUGUUAUUCAUUGGCAUGGAAUCCUACAACGAGGUACUCCUUGGGCUGAUGGCACUGCUUCCAUCUCGCAGUGUGCCAUUAACCCAGGUGAGACCUUCACUUACCGGUUUGUGGUAGAUAAGGCUGGGACAUAUUUCUAUCAUGGCCAUUUAGGGAUGCAAAGAUCGGCUGGGUUGUAUGGGUCUUUGAUAGUGGAUCCACAAGAAGGAACAAGUGAGCCAUUCCAUUACGAUGAAGAGAUCAACUUGUUGCUUAGUGAUUGGUGGCAUCAAAGUGUUCACAAGCAAGAAGUUGGUCUUAGUUCCAAACCAAUGCGUUGGAUUGGUGAGCCUCAGAGCAUAUUGAUAAAUGGGAGAGGGCAAUUUGAUUGUUCAAUAGCAGCUAAAUACAAAAAUGGUUUGAAGCAAUGUGAGUUGAGUGGAAAAGAACAAUGUGCACCAUUUAUCCUACAUGUUCAUCCCAAGAAAACUUAUCGUAUCAGAAUUGCUAGUACCACUGCAUUGGCUUCUCUCAACUUUGCCAUUGGAAAUCACAAACUGUUAGUGGUAGAAGCCGACGGCAACUACGUUCAACCAUUUUCAACUUCCGAUAUCGAUAUUUAUUCCGGCGAGUCCUACUCCGUCCUCAUUACCACCGACCAAAACCCAUCGGAAAACUACUGGGUAUCCAUUGGCGUCCGCGCACGGCUACCCAAAACCCCUCCAGGACUAACCGUCCUCAACUACCUCCCCAACUCCGUCUCCAAAUUACCCAUUUCUCCGCCUCCGGAAACCCCUGACUGGGAGGAUUUUGACCGGAGCAAAAACUUCACGUUCAGAAUCUUCGCCGCCAUGGGCAGUCCAAAGCCACCGGUGAGAUACAACCGCCGCCUCUUCCUCCUCAACACCCAAAAUCGAAUAAACGGGUUCAUGAAAUGGGCCAUCAACAAUGUCUCUUUAGCUCUCCCUCCAACGCCGUACCUCGCCGCCAUGAAAUUCAGGCUAAGCACUGCCUUCAACCAAAAUCCGCCACCAGAAACAUUCCCAAUAGACUACGACAUCAACAACCCACCGCGGAACCCUGAAACGGCAACGGGCAACGGCGUUUACAAGUUCAAUAUGGGGGAAACGGUAGACGUGAUUCUACAAAACGCUAAUAUGUUAAACGCCAAUACGAGUGAGAUUCACCCUUGGCAUUUGCACGGGCAUGACUUUUGGGUUUUGGGGUAUGGAGAGGGGAAAUUUUCCGCCGCCGAGGAUGGGAGGAAAUUGAAUUUGAAAAACCCACCGUUGAGGAAUACAGUGGUGAUUUUCCCAUAUGGGUGGACGGCGAUUCGAUUCGUGGCGGAUAACCCAGGUGUUUGGGCGUUCCAUUGCCAUAUUGAACCUCAUUUGCAUAUGGGAAUGGGAGUUAUCUUUGCGGAAGGAGUUCAUAAGGUAGGAAUGAUUCCGCCGAACGCAAUGGCUUGUGGCAGUACCGCGAUGAUUAAGAAUUAUCCCCGAAAACCCUAAAAACCUUAGAAAGAGAAACCCCUAAUAAUAAAAAAGCCUCGAGAAUAGUAGUAAGGUAAGGUACGUAAACCCUAAAACACCAUAGAAAGAGAAGCCACUAAAGAACCCUAGGAGGUGGUAUGUAUUCAUAUUGUGUUUUGGAGAGAAUAAAUUAAAUUAAUAUUUGGGGGGUUUUAGGGUUUAGGGAAGUAAAAUUAAUCUUGUUUAGUGUUAAUUAAUUGUUAUUGUGAACUUAUUAUUGUUA